UGUACUCUGAGCUGCAGAGGCAGCGCCUGGCUAGCCUGGUCAGGCAGUACACAGCCUACCUGGGGAUGCUGGAGGCGAGGGAGGUCAUGAGGACGAGCAGCAACUCCUCUGCUUGGCACUUCUUACCACGACUGCAGGCUCUACACGUUCAGAGGCUGAGUCGCUGGAGUCAGCACAUGGCUGGACUCUCUGAACACAGGGUCCAGCUGGCUCUGUCCAUCACUGACACCCUGGGGAACAUUGAGGAGGAGUCGGGCAUCUUCCUCAUCAAACCUGUGCUGCUCUGGAAGAAGAGAGAGACCUCAUUGAAACACUCUGGAAGGAUUGUCAGCAGGCUCAAGAUCUCCAUGAAACCUGACCCUCGUCCCACCCUGGCCCCCUCCAGCCAGACCACAGCCACGCGGACACAGAUAAUGAAGAGUUUAUCAGGCACCAAAGCAGCCACCACUGGGGCAAAUCAAGACCCGGUUUCCACAGUUACCGUGUUGGGAGGGGGAAGCCUCAGAAUGUGGAGUGUAAGCGAUGCAGAACCACGGAAACCUGGCACCCAGAAACAAGAAAGGGACGCCCUACCCGCUGUGCCCAGGCUACUGGAGAUGGAUGUCAAUACAUUUCUCAUCAGCCAACAUCAUGUAUGCAUGAAGACACCUGAAAGGAGUUUCUCCAUGGACCCAGCGUCCGCCAGUCCCAGGCUCAGCUUGAGAAGCUUCCUGCCAGUGGACAGGAUGGUGCCCUGCAGUGUGGGCCUGGCAGGGAAGACGCAGGUUUUGAGAGGGAGUGCCAGGAUGUGAAUGGGUUUUACUGCAUCUCUUCGGUUUUGUCUCAGAGAUUUUACACUGGAUAGGACUAAGAGUCAUUUUAAAGAAAGUGCUAAAAUAGGCAACUUUUCUGAGAGGAAUAAAACAAUUUGGACAAAUCUAGAAAGGAAACACCAUUCUUGUUUUCAAUUCUAGUUUUACCUCUGAUUUUUUUUCAUUUUGAGUGCUUGUCUUCCAAAAACCCCUGUGACAAAAGUGUGUGUGUGUUUUGUUUUUGUCUAAAUGAAGUGUUUUUUUUUUUAUUUUAUUUUAUUCAAAAUACUGCUGAGCUGUAAACAUUCAUAUUAAAGCACACAGAAGCCUAAACUACUGUCAGCUUCUUUGGUUGUGUACUUUUUGCUUUAUCACCUUGAUGUCGGUUUUGUAUUUGAAAUAAAA